GGGGCGAGGCCUGGGCAGGAGGGAGCGGCCCCAGCGGUUCCGUCCCGGGGCUGGUGCUGAGUGUGGGCCCGGUUCGGCUCGGUCCGGCCCGGCUCACUCCGCUCCGCUCCCACCGCUGCUCUCCGCGGAGCUAUGGAGCCGGGGCGACAGACGCUGCCGCUGGAAAACGCCUCCAUCCUCUCGGAGGGCGCCCUGCAGGACGGGCACCGCCUCUGGAUCGGCAACCUCGACCCCAAGAUCACCGAAUACCACCUUCUCAAACUCCUUCAGAAGUUUGGCAAAGUAAAGCAAUUUGACUUUCUCUUUCACAAGUCUGGUGCUCUGGAAGGGCAGCCCAGAGGUUACUGUUUUGUGAACUUUGAAACCAAACAGGAAGCUGAGAAGGCGAUCCAGUGUCUGAAUGGGAAAUUGGCCCUUUCCAAGAAACUGGUGGUGAGGUGGGCACAUGCACAAGUGAAGAGAUAUGAUCACAAUAAAAAUGAGAAGAUCCUUCCAAUCAGCCUGGAGCCAUCUUCCAGCACAGAGCCUCCCCAGUCUAACCUCAGUGUCAGUGCAAAAAUCAAGGCCAUUGAAGCCAAGCUGAAAAUGAUGGCAGAAAACCCAGAUGCGGAAUACGCAGCAGCACCCGUUUAUUCCUACUUCAAACCUCCGGAUAAGAAAAGGACUACUCCUUAUUCCAGAGCAGCCUGGAAAUCUAGAAGAUGAUGCUUAUGAAUGGUAGCAAGAAACACUGCUUUGUGCACCUGGGCUCCUCCAAUGCUUUUGUACUUUGUAGAGUGAGGACCCUGCCGCCCGAGCGCGGUGCUGCGGUACGUGGCCCGGGGUUGUGCGACACCUCAGGUGCUCUGCUGAGCUCUCCUGCCUGCCAGCACGGCCCCACAGCUGUUCAGAGAAAUAGGUUCCCUUCAGAGCCUCUGAUGAACACGCAGACAACCUCUCGUUAGUGUGCAUUCAUUAGCAAGAUUAGAAACAGUAACCAGCGCGUGGAGUAAAGCACAUCCAAAAAUACUCCAUUUAACUGAUUACUUUUUAAAGUAUUUUUGAACAAAACGUAUUCCAAUUUGUGUUUUUAAUGGAGGGGAAGCACUUGGUUUGUGAUUAACAUUCUGUAGUUACCAUGGAAGACUUUUUCAUCUCAAUAAAACUCAUUUGAAAUAGA